AUGUCUGGGGUUCGUCGUCGGCGGAGAGCCUCUUCUUCAACAGCCUCCUCCUCCUUUUCUCCCCCCUCAUCCUUAUCGGACAGCGACUACAUCGCCGACGCUGAUGUCUCCGAUCCCGAUGCCUCUCUUCUGUAUGAUUCCUCCUCCCGCUCUGGUCACCUGAGGCCAUCCUCUUUGUCUUCCUCCUUCUUCCCCUCCUUAUCCUCCUUAUCUUCCUCCUCCGCCUUCCUCCUUUCCACCCCGCCAUCCUCGCUUCGCAUCUUCCUCUUCCUCGUCGCCUUCCGUCUGGUAAACGCUUGGACCGUUCGGACCUUUUUCCAACCCGAUGAGUUCUUCCAAUCUCUAGAGCCCGCUUGGCGGGCCGCAUUCGGAGACGACCAUGCGCCUUGGAUCACUUGGGAAUGGCGCCACCAGCUGAGAUCUUCCCUACACCCUCUUCUCUUUACCGCUGUUUAUGCCACCACCGAUCUGCUCGCUCGCCUACUCCACAUUUCCCCUGCAUGGCAAGCGGAAUGCCUGGUCGUUGCCCCCAAGGUUGCCCAAGCCGUUAUCGCCGCCGUUGGUGACCUAUAUACUUGGCGAUUGGCUUGUCGCGUGUAUGAUCCCUUGUCUCACGAGGCCUGGGCCGCACUGGCCUUGACCAUCGUGAGUCCGUGGCAAUGGUUCUGCUCCACAAGGACCUUGUCGAACUGCCUCGAGACCUCCCUUACCAUUGUUGCUCUUUAUCUGUGGCCAUGGGUAUGGUCGUUGGAUCCCUCAACCACCACCCAACCAAAAGGGCGUAGCCUAAAGUCCCAACCGGACGAGGACCAGUCUGACACGGCUGUUCUGAGCAGGCUUCGACAAUGCCUUGUGUUGGCGGCUGUGGCAUGUAUACUGCGACCCACCAACGUUCUGAUCUGGAUGGUACUUGCUAGCCUGUUGUUGUACCGGAGCACUCCCCUUCGACGGGCGACGCUUGUCCGCGAAGCUCUACUCUGCGGUUCAGCUGUUCUGGCCGUAUCGACUACAGCAGAUCGGUUCUUCUACGGAUUCUGGACUUUUCCGCCCAUACGGUUCCUGUACUUCAACCUAGCCCAGUCGCUGGCGGUCUUCUAUGGAAAGAAUGAUUGGCACUACUAUCUGUCUCAGGGGCUUCCCCUUCUGUUAACGACAGCACUGCCCUUCGCUGUUGUGGGCUUGUACAAUUCAUUUACACGACCGCGAUCGGGUGAACUCAGCGAGUUGCAGGCUUCGAUGCAGGUUCAGCUUGCUUCGGUGUGCCUCAUCAUGAUCCUUGGGCUGUCGCAGAUAUCGCACAAGGAGGUGCGGUUCAUUUAUCCAUUGCUGCCCUCGCUGCACGUCCUGACUGCACCUGCUCUGGUGAAUUUCUUCCGUCCCGCGGUGACCGCGGGAAGUCAGAGACACACCCCCAGACGGCUGACCUUGGUUUUCUUGCUACUGGCGAACGCCGUCAUUGCACUUUAUACGACAGUCAUCCAUGCAUCCGGCCCAGCGGCCGUGUUGUCCUACCUUCGGGACCAGCGACAGUUCCAUGGUUCCAACAAUAUGACCGAUAGUUCUCAGCCCGGGAUCACAGCCGGGUUCCUCAUGCCUUGCCAUAGCACUCCUUGGCGCUCACAUAUGGUCUACCCCACCAUCAGCGCCUGGGCACUAUCCUGCGAGCCUCCUGUCGGCCUCGACGCGUCCGAGAAAGCUACGUACUUGGACGAGGCGGACCAGUUCUACGCCGAUCCUGAGCAGUUUCUGCGCACGAACAUGGUUGGCGGUCUGCGCAGAUUCCCUCGAAGGCCAUCCUAUGACAAGUAUAAUUGGAAAUCUUCGCAUUUGCCCACACAGUACCAGUCCCAAACCCCGCACGAAUGGCCCGAUUACCUCAUAUUCUUCGCCCAACUAGAACCCACCCUACAGAGUCUCCUCCGCUUCUCCGCUUAUAAGGAAUGCCACCGCACCUGGAACUCCGCCUGGCAUGACGACUGGCGUCGUCGGGGCGACAUAGUCGUUUGGUGCGUUGACCCGUCCGAACAAGCCGCCCGGGACAGUGUGUACAUACAACGCCAGCGCGAGAGCCGGGAUCUUCACUUCGAUCGCAUCGUGCAAGCUUUCACCAAGCCCACGCACAAGCAACGUCUCACGCAGUUCUGGAAAUCCAUAUUCUCAAGCCAGUCCCAAUCGUCCUGGUCGUGGUCAUGGCCAUGGCAGCGCCGCAAACGCACAACCAUUUUUGGGUUUGAGUUGCCGGCCUGGCCGUUCUCAAAAUCGUCCAGAAAAUCAUCAUCUUGGUCAUUUCCUGCCUGGGAAGAGCUGAACCGGCGGAUGAACGACCGGGCGAAUUGGGCUUAG